AUGAAAGUUGGUGGAACAAUGGCUCUGAUAACCGCAAAGGAAUCAAUCCAAAGAAUGGUCGCAUUCAAAGCGAUGGCCGCAGAUCAAGUGGCCUUAGCUUCGAUUGAAGUGAAAAUGGAGGAGAUACCCGAAGGACAGACUAAAACAUACGAGUGGCAAGGCAAGCCGGUUUUCGUGAAGCAUCGAACUGCGAAAGAGAUUCAACAUUCACGCGAUACGGCGAUGAGUGAGCUGCGUCAUCCAGAAAGCGAUGAGCAAAGGACAAGGAAUCCAGAAUGGUCGAUACUGGUCGGUGUGUGCACGCAUUUGGGAUGUGUUCCUAUACGUAAGUACUUUUAUUUUUUUAGCACAUUCAAGAAAUCAUUAGUGUCUCGCUCGCGUUUGCAUCACGAACAUGCAUACAUUUGA